UUCCACGUCCCAACCCAGGUUGUGAGUGCCCUCUGAUCCCAUACUGCCCGAUAGCUGAUGCAUAUUAAACAGAUAAUCUACGUGACGCUCAGAAUCGCAGUGGUAAUGAUCAGUGUGUGGUGGUUUGCAGAUGGGGAAGCGGAUUAUUCCUUCCCUCCCGCUACCUCCCUGAGACUCGAACAUGCCCUCGGCUCCUCCAGCCUCUCAUCGACCCGACACCGCUCAAGAAGCAACGGCUGAUCAAAUCCUCUGGCUGCCGGGCUCUCGGUCGCUCACGCUGAAGGUGUGAUUUGAACUGAAACCCGUCCCGGGGCGGCAUGAUAUGUCCUUCACCACAAACCGGAGAAAUGGACCAGCACUGGGACAGAAAGCGAUCGGUCAGAGACAGGACUCGCCACAUGCUCCCAGGAUCAGCGUGAGACCCGACUGACAAACGGGACAGUCGGCGCCAGCAAUCAGACUGAGGGUAGCGGAGAGAUCGGGGCUCGUUAACCAGGACAGGGAGCGCUGGAGCUGCCUAGACAAGGUGUGUCUGUCAUUGAGCACGUUCAAAGCAACCUGCUUUUAAUCGUCUGGCAUUGGAACAUGUCCUAGGUACGGACUAAACUUGUGCAAUAGGGUCUGUAAGACAUGGCAAUGAUUAGUACCCAACAGUCAUAUCCACCCCUUCACAGACUCUCCGUCAGGAAUAAUGAUGAAGAUCCGGAAAGGAUAGAAAAUGGCAGCAGCAGGACCCACUCACUGUGUGAAGACUCAUCUUCUGAGCUUCAGGGGGUGACCUCUGCAGAACCUAGAGGUCAGCACGAAUCCCGCCGGACUUCUCUCACAGGCAGAGGAGCUCUAGCCAGGUUAACUAAUUUCAUCAUUGUGCUGAGGAACUGGGCAACUCAGCAAAUCCACAAUGAAGAUCAGAGACCAGAUUCAUUCUUGGAACGCUUUCGGGGACCAGAGAUAAAAGAUGUAUCAAGCCGGGAGAGUAACACCCAGUCAGUUGCUGGCAAUCCAGAGCACCAUGGCAGGAGCAAGAAGAAGAAAGAUGUGUACAUUAUUGAUCCUGCAGAAAAUCUUUACUAUCGAUGGCUGUCCAUUAUUGCAAUGCCUGUAAUGUACAACUGGUGUAUGCUUGUGUGCAGAGCUUGUUUUGAAGAACUUCAAACAAAUCAUCUUGCUCUUUGGCUGGUGUUGGAUUAUGUAUCAGAUGCGAUCUACGUCAUGGAUUCAUUUGUAAGAUUUCGAACAGGUUUUCUUGAACAAGGAUUGCUGGUCAAAGAUGCAAAGAAAUUAAGGGAUAAUUACAUGAAGAUGCCUCAGUUUAAAUUGGAUACACUCUCCCUUUUACCAACAGAUUUAGCAUACCUUAAGUUGGGACUUAAUUACCCUGAGGUGCGAUUUAAUCGUCUCUUCCGCUUUAGCCGAAUGUUUGAAUUCUUUGAUCGUACUGAAACCAGAACAAACUACCCUAACAUAUUUCGAAUUGGAAAUCUUGUUUUGUACAUCCUCAUCAUUAUCCAUUGGAAUGGCUGCAUUUAUUAUGCAAUCUCCAAAUCAAUUGGGUUUGGUAUUGACACUUGGGUGUAUCCAAACAUAUCUCACCCUGAAUAUGGACGACUUAGCAGAAAAUAUAUCUAUUGUCUUUACUGGUCCACCUUGACCUUGACCACCAUAGGAGAAACCCCUCCUCCAGUGAAGGAUGAAGAAUUUCUAUUUGUGGUCAUUGACUUCCUGGUGGGAGUCCUUAUCUUCGCUACCAUUGUUGGUAACGUGGGGUCCAUGAUCUCAAACAUGAAUGCCUCUCGGGCUGAGUUCCAAUCCAAAAUUGAUGCCAUCAAGCAGUACAUGCAGUUCCGAAAAGUGAGCAAAGACCUGGAGGCUAGGAUCAUCAAGUGGUUUGACUACCUGUGGAUCAACAAGAAGAGUAUAAAUGAGAAGGAAGUCCUCAAGAACCUACCUGACAAACUAAAGGCUGAAAUUGCCAUCAAUGUCCACUUGGACACACUAAAGAAAGUCCGGAUCUUUUCCGAUUGUGAAGCUGGCCUCUUAAUCGAGUUGGUGCUAAAGCUGCAGCCUCAGGUAUACAGCCCUGGAGACUACAUCUGCCGCAAGGGAGACAUUGGCAGAGAAAUGUAUAUCAUCAAAGAAGGCAAACUGGCAGUAGUGGCCGAUGACGGAGUAACACAGUUUGUGGUCUUGAGUGAUGGCAGUUACUUUGGGGAGAUCAGCAUCCUGAACAUAAAGGGCAGUAAAGCUGGCAAUAGGCGGACAGCCAACAUUAGGAGCAUAGGCUACUCCGAUCUCUUCUGCCUCUCCAAAGUUGACCUGAUGGAAGCCCUGACUGAAUAUCCAGAUGCCAAAAAGAUUCUGGAAGAAAAGGGACGUCAGAUUCUGAUGAAGGAUAACUUGAUAGAUGAAGAGGCAGCAAAAGAGGGGGAAGAUGCAAAAGACCUGGAAGAGAAAGUGGAAAGAAUGGAGUCCUCCCUGGAUACUUUGCAAACCAAGUUUGCCAGGCUCCUGGCUGAGUACAAAUCCACACAACUGAAACUGAAGCAAAGGAUCACAAAGGUGGAAAACAAAGUAAAGAACUUUGGCAGUGGAUACCUAUCUGAUGGCUUCGACAGUGCGACUGACACAGAAAUAGGAAAAUGAUGGAUGGUGACAGCCUGGAGGAUAUUCUUUGCUUCUUUUCUUACCGUUUUGAUACUAGGAUUUACUGCUGAGAAAAUAAAUUAUUUUUUUAUGGGACUAUAUAGGGAUAGUUUACACUAAAAAUAUCACUUAGAAUUUAACACAGAUCCACAAUUAAAUUAUACAAACCAAAAUAUGACACUCUUUUCAUGUCAGCACCAAUCUUAGUUAGAUUUAAAUAGGUUUGUUAGUUGGUUAUCUUAGAGAAAAUGAGGAGGGGGGAGAGAGAGAGGAAUUGUGAUAUGUCACACUACAGUCAAUCAAUACUGUCAAACAAAAACAGAACCAAGGUACACAAGAUUCAUGUUUUAACAUCUGUACUGUUGAAGUUUGUGUAUUGGAGUUCCCCAGGUAUGAAUUUAAUAUUAUACUACUGAACCUGAGCACAAAGUAGGCCAGUAGGAAUGAAUUAUAAUGUUCUCCACCUUUCAAAAGGAUGUGAACGCCUCCCUUUAAAAUGGGUGUGACUAUUGGAUGACACAGUAGCUUCGUCACUUGAGUGUUAAGCGCUGCAAGGCAGCAUUAACAAAAACAAUUUCUUAUUGAUUAUUGUCAUUUAAUUUCUCUGAACAUGUAAAUGAGAACAAUGCAACAAGUCAUGGCAAUGUAAACCAGUUGCUCAUUCUCUUACAGCAAUCCCUUUUUAUCUUACAGUUUCCCUUUCAGCAAUAUCAAAGUAAUAAGUUAAUAAAUAUGCUAGAAGGAGUCUGUUAAUCACAGCUCCAACUGUGGGAUUGAUCCUCCAGGAAAGAAGUUCAGUGCAUUCAAGGUAUUCAAGGAGACAACUGAAAGAUGAACUAGCUGGGUCAUUGCUUCAUACUAAGUUAAGAUGAAAAUAAGUAACCAUGAUUGGGAUCAAUAUCUUGAGAAAGGGUUCAUCAGACUAUUAUUUAACAGUCUGGGCAUUGGCAGAGCUGAA